AUGCCUCACUACAACUUUCCACUAACCUGAACUUUGCAUCUAGUGCCAUGUUAAAGCAAAUAUAUAUAUAUAUUUUUAAAUAAUAGCAACAAAUCUUUUGGGGGAAAAAACUACUUUAAAUGUUGUUCUGAAGCCAGCAGGAUGAAUGAUACCACCAUGGUAAUGCUGUUACUGUAUUGUGUGAUUUUGCUCCUUAGUGUCAUAACUAUACUUCUAAUGAUCAUAUUGCUCAGGAAUUUCUGCAAAUUGAACACGAAAAACUCGCCUGACUCAAACAUUGAAGGUGGAACUUUUCGCAUGAGUGAAUGUAUGUCAGACCAGGAUAAUCCUAGUAAUACCAUCAACAAGCAUUCAAACAAAAUACAAAUCCACACUGCCUGCAGUGAUGAUUUGUCCUCUACUAGCUCUGAGAGCUCAUGUGAUUUACAUGAAGAUAAGAAAGACAGUGUGAAUGAUAGUAACCAUCAGCAGUAUAUGACCACCAUUCAAACUGCAAACUAUGAAAAUAUUCCUGAAGGAAAAUUGCCCAGUGCACUGGAGAUUAAAAACAAGAUGGCAAAGAAAAACCGGGAUUAUGUGAACAUCGAAGAACAACACAACAUGCCUUUAACUAAGGGCCGAAUAAGCAAAACCAAGAGGCAUCAAAUAGACCAGGACGAGAGUCAAACCAGCAGUGAGAGUAGCAGCGACGAAAGUGAUGAAGUAAAUUACACCACGGUCGUCUUUAAAAAAGUCACAAAUGAGGAGCUGAAAGAGAAUUAAAACAGGUUUUAUGCUUCGAUUUUUUUUGUACUUAGAUUUAUUGAGAUGUUUUUUCUCAUUUUUUUAUUUGGUAAUCAAUGAUCAUAUACUAGCUCAAUAAUUUUUUCACAGAAUGUUUUCACAUAACUACUUUUGGUUGAAUUUAAUUUUUAGAUAUGAAAAAUAACAUGAAUUUUCACAAUAUAUGGGAAAAGAGACCUAAUUUUAGAUACUAGACGUGAGAAUCAUGUUUUUUUCUUCUGAUGAACGUAGUCUGUGGUAAUGAUUAUUAUCAUAAUAUCCUGUGAGGAAGGAACCACCGUGUGCAGCUCAGCAGGGUGGCAAGAUAAAAGGCUUAUUUGCAGUUUUUGCAUUUCUACAUGCUUGUAAAUUUUGUAUUUCAUAUACUUUGAGUUUUUUUUUAACAAUUACAAUUUAUACAGUCAAACUUGUUAUUGCUAUAAAAUGCUGAAUGCACUACA